AUGGUCUCCUUCCGCCCGUCGUCGUCGUCGUUUGUCGCGCGCGUCCUGUGCCGCCGCUCCUCGUCUGCUGCCAGUCCCCACCUCAAGAAGACGUCUCUGUAUGACCUGCACGUGUCGCUCGGUGGCAAGAUGGUCCCGUUUGCCGGCUACGCCAUGCCCGUGCAAUACAAAGCCGGCGUCUUGCAGUCCCACCUCCAUACGCGGGAACAAGGCCACGCGUCGCUCUUUGACGUCUCGCACAUGGGUCAGCUGCGGGUGACGGGCACAGACCGUCUCGCGUUCCUCGAGAGUGUCGUCGUGGGCGACUUAGAGGCACUUCACACUGGCGAAGCGAAGCUCAGUCUCUUGACAAACGAUCGCGGCGGUAUCAUUGAUGACUGCGUCAUUAGUCGCUACGACGACCACAUGUACGUGGUCGUGAACGCCGGCAAUCGGGACGUGGAUCUCGUGCAUCUGCACCGUCACCUCGAGACCUUCCAGGGCGAUGCAACGAUCGAGUGCCUCGACGACCACUCGUUGGUAGCUCUGCAAGGCCCGGGUGCAGCCGACGUGGUCGAGAGGCUGAAGCCCACGUUGCAGCUGCCAGACCUCGAGUUCAUGCACGGGGCGUGUACGCCACUGACGCUGCCAGACGGGAACCAAGUGGACGUCGUGUUGACACGAUGUGGGUACACUGGCGAAGACGGGUUUGAGAUUUCCGUGCCGAACAAGGACGUGCACGCCCUUGCACGUGCGUUGCUCCACGACGAGCGGGUGCUGGAAGCAGGUCUUGGAGCUCGCGACAGUCUACGUCUCGAGGCGGGCUUGUGUCUCCACGGACAUGACAUUACGGCUGAGACGACGCCGAUUGAAGCAAUGCUGGCUUGGACGAUUGGAAAGCGUCGACGAGAGCAAGGAGGGUUCCCUGGACACGCAGUCAUUAUGGACCAGUUGACGAACAAGACAGCCACGAAGAAGCGCGUUGGCUUUGUCGUGGAAGGAGCCGCCGCGCGCGAGGGGGCGGAGCUCUUUGACGCUGACGACAAGGUCGUGGGUCGUGUUACGAGCGGUAUGUUUAGUCCCUCGCUGAAGAAAGCCAUUGGUAUGGCUUACGUGGACAAGAGCUCGGGCAAGCUGGGCACGGAGCUGCAUGUCAAGGCCCGCAACAAAGUGCAGAAGGCUGUCAUCACCAAGAUGCCUUUUGUGCCGUCCAACUACUACAAGAAGGAGUAG